GCAUCGUCUAUCGCCUGCUACAUGCACGCUGGCCCGCUUAACAUGCGUUCAUAAACACCAGACCCAUGCGUGCCAGCUUUCACCCGCGAGAGUGCUCCUGAGAUUGGCCCUGAGCCUCUCCAUUGAGCCUGCGCACACUGCACCGCUGCGGGCAAGCCACCAGUCUCAUGCGGCACGCCCACAGCUUGCUCGCGCUGCAGGCCGCCGCAGCGAUGGCCCCGCUGCCCUGGGGCAAACGGCCGUGCCAGGACUACCUCAAAGCGCUCCGAGAGCAAACGCCGGCGCGCCUCGACGACGGUCUAGUCGAGUGCCAUCCGCUGCGCCACCUGCGCUGGACGGCCGGCGUCGCCGAGGAUGAUGAGGACAGUAGCCCGCUGCCGCCCCAGCUCGCCUUCGACGCGCGGAACAGCGCCUGCCACGCGGCGGGCGCGGCCGGCGUGGACUGGACCGCGGUCCUCCGCCACGCGAGGGCCUACCGCGGCGGCGCCCCAGUGCCGGUCGUCGACGUUUUGGACAAUUGGCGCGUCGCCGCGGAGUCGCUCGAGGUCGUUAUCGCGUGCGCGUGCGUCGAUCGACGCGUGGUCGCGCGCCGCGGCGGCGGAGCCGGCGUCGCGCUCGAUCUUGAGAGGGCGGCGCCGCUCCUCUCACGCGCCGGCGUGAGUGCGCCCGAGGUCGCCGCCGACCCGUUCCUCGACGGGGCGCGGACCUUGGUGCGGCCCGAGCGCCUCGCGAGCACGCGGGACCUCGAAGCGCCCGUCUGGCCCAAGGUCCUGCACUUCGCCGAGGUCAUGGCGGGCCUGGACGCCGCCGCGCGGCGCGAGCGCUUCGGCGACGUGCCCGUCCGGCGCCUCGCGAACGGCGCCUGGGCCGCCGGGAGCCGGCACCGCGUCGCGGCGGCCCGGCUGUGCGGUCUGGCGCUGGCGUGCCGUGUUGUGAAGAAAUCUUAA